AUGAAUCGCAAGCAGCGGCGGGCCAAGGAGACGGCGACGGCGACGGCGAGGCCGACCACGAUCAACAGCGCGGAUGACAUCCCGCUCGCGAGACCGGAUAGGGGUACUACCACGGCGACGACGACAACGGAACAACACGGCCAUGAUGGCAAUGGCAACGGCAGGACCAAGACUAAGACGCUGCUCGAAAUCGCGGCGGAGAGACAGGCUCAAUUGUCGGGCGCUGGCGCGAAGGGCAUUGACGCCCGUGCCAUCCAGCCGGAGAACAUUGUGCAGGUGAAAAUCGGGAAGCGGGGAGAAAUCAUCCCAGAAUCGAACUCGUCGGUGCUAUCGUCGUCAGCACAACCACAGGAGCCCGAGGAGGAGUAUCCCUGGCUCGACACGCUGCUGCUUGCGUCGUCGCUCAGCGCCGUGCACUUCACCCUCUCCGUGCUGGCCAUGCACCAGUACGCCGAAGAGGUGCGCUUCCGACCGUUGAUCGUGCAGACCGUCUUGGUCGCCUUUCCCACGCUCUCCAUCUUCAUCGCCCUCUUUCACGGACACCUCUUUCCCCCGUCGCUCGCCAACAUUCCCGCCUCGGUGAAAUACUGGAUUGUUCUUCUCCGGUCCAUCAUCUACGUGGUCACAGCGAACGUGGCCGGGUGUUACUUGAUCCAGCUGACCAAUGAUAAAGGGUACUACGCGGUCAUGAAGGACGCGCCGGGAGUCGGCACCAUCUGGGUCUGGGCGGUUCUGGAGAUGGGAUUGCUGGGGGCACUGGCUGGAGUGGCAGGGCCGGGAAUUUAUGCUUGGUGGUUUGGAUACGGAAUUUGGUGA